AUGGCAAACACGAAUAAAAUUAAACAAGCUAGAGCUCUUAGAACAAUGAGUGAGAAUCAGAUUAUUGAAAUCAAGGCAUUUGCUGAUGAGGCUAAAAUUGAUAUAAAUAAACGCGCCCAGUUCAAAAUUUUGUGUCAGAAUCUUGAUUCAUACCGCGAAGAAUUUAAGUCUCAUCAUCAAACUCUCAUAUCUCUUAUGGCCAUCAAUGAUGAAGACAUAAGUAAAGAGGAAACAAAUAGAAAAGACUUUGAUUUCAAUUAUUCCUAUAUUGAAACAGUACUUCAGGAGUUUUUCGAGGUGAAACCCAGUGUUACAACUUCCGCUAGCGCUAUUGGGGAUGUAUUUCAAACCAGUAAUCAUAAUGUUAAACUUCCCAAGAUUGAAAUACCAAAGUUCACAGGUGAUAUAAAAACAUUUAAACCCUUUAUAGACAUGUUUGAAAAUCUCAUUCAUAAUAAUACCUCUCUUUCGAACAUCGAGAAAUUCAAUUAUUUGAUUUCCUCUUUACGAGGUCCGCCUCUCACUCUAGUGCAGACUACGCCAAUGUCAAGUGCCAAUUAUGCGAUCGCCUUUAAAUCACUUUCAGAACGCUAUAAUAACAAAAGACUUAUAGCCUUCGCUCAUUUUCAAGAGAUUGAUAAUGCUAUUAUUAUAAAAAAUUCAAAGAAUACUCAAAGUUUAAGAAUUUUACUGGACACCUACACAGAGAACCUUGCCGCGCUCGAAAAUAUGGGUAUUCCAGUGAAGGAAUGGGAUUUCAUGUUAUAUUAUCUUUUCACAAAACAUUUAGAUCAAGAAACCAUUUCACGUUUUGAAUUUGAGAAUCCAGUAGCAUUCGAUGAAUUACCUUCUUUCAAAAAAUUGGUUGCCUUUGUUCAACAAAGAUGUAAUACGCUUGAUGCUAUUGAUCUCUCAGUGGGUAAAUCCUCAAACACGCUAUCACCCAGUUCGAAAAAUGUUCCAAAUUUUUCCUCUCAUUCGAGACCAAAACAGUCUUCAACAUACUUCGCAAACGCUUCUAAGGGUAUAAAAAAUUCAACUAUUACAUGUUCAUUCUGUAAACAGGAUCAUACAAUUUACAAAUGCUCUGAAUAUCAUAACAGAACACCUAAUGACAGAUCUCUUUUUGUCAAGCAAAACAAACUAUGCACAAAUUGUUUAAGUUCGCAACAUUCAAUUUAUAAAUGCAGGUCAAAAUCAACUUGUCAUUUUUGUCAUGAAAGACAUCAUUCAAGCAUACACGUAAAUAAGGAUCUAACUAAAAAUUACUCUUCUUCCGAUAAUCUUCAAGUCAGUUCUCAAACAACUCAACCUUUACCUAGUACUUCCAAGUCACCAGACAUUUCCACAUUUUCUGGAAUGAUGUCUUCAGCUGUUGGUGUUUUACUUUCAACUGCAAUAGUCGAGGUUUCUGAUUCUUAUAGUAACUUUCAAAAGGUACGUGUGAUAUUAGAUAGUGGUUCACAAACAAGUUAUAUCACCGAAAAAUGUGCGAAUAGGUUGGGUUUAUCACGUUUCAGUUGCUCACUUUCGAUACAGGGUCUUGGAAAUAUGACUAACAUGACAUCCAAGAGUGGUGUUACAUGUAAAAUAAAGCCUGUUGGAAAAAUAUCUCCUAUAUUUACCAUCGACGCGGUUGUUUUACCCAAACUUUGUGCCAAUAUGCCGGUCUCAAAAUUAAAUCAUACUCAUUGGGUUCACCUGAAUAAUAUCCAACUAGCUGACGAUUCAUUUCAUAAACCUGCUCCGGUAGAUAUGCUAUUAGGAGCCGAUAUUUUUCCACAUAUUUUAAAAGAAGGUCGUGUUAUAGGACAUGCAAAUGAACCAGUAGCUAUCAACACUAUUUUCGGUUACAUACUUAUGGGUAAAUAUAACGCUUAUGAUACUCAUAUUACGGCCAAUGUGUCUACAUUUUUCGCAGCUCUGGGCAAUAAUGCUUUAUCGGUCGAUAACUUGAUUGGGCGGUUCUGGGAGGUUGAGGAAGUUCCUUCAGUCAAAUCAAUAUGUUCGCCUGAAAAUGCGUUAUGUGAAAAAAUUUUCGCUGAGACUCAUGAAAGGGGUAAUUUUGGACGUUAUACUGUCAAUUUACCAUUCAAAAAUUCCGAACCUUCAUUUGAUUCGGAAGAUAUUCGCUCGAUAGCUCUGCGCCGUUUUUAUUCGCUCGAACGUCGCUUAUACAAACAACCAACAGUAUUCAAACAAUAUUCAGAUUUUUUGAAUGAAUAUCUCAAAAAUGAUUACAUGGAGGAAGUUGAGGUUGAGAAUAGUGACAAUCCUAUCGCAAAGAAAAAUAUAUUUUAUCUACCCCAUCACUGCGUAAUGAAAGAUAGUACUACCACACAGCUCAGAGUAGUUUUCGAUGGAUCUACGAGGUCGAAAGGAAUAUCGUUAAAUGAUACCCUCUUGGUGGGGGAGAAACUUCAGAAUAAUAUUUUCGAAAUAUUACUCAAGUUCAGAGUGCAUUCAAUCGUUUUUACUGCCGACAUAAAAAAAAUGUUUUUACAAAUUCUAAUAAAUUCUAAGCAUCAAGAUUAUCAGAGGAUAUUGUGGAGGUUUUCGCGAAAUGAUCAGGUUAGAGAAUAUCGCUUAAAACGAUUAGUUUUCGGUUUGUCUUCCUCACCAUUUAUAGCAAAUAGAGUCAUUUUGCAGUUAGCCAGAGAUGAACGCAAUGAUUUUCCUCUGGCCGCAAAUAUUUUGGAGGAUGAUAUCUAUAUAGAUGAUGUGUGUUCUGGGUGUUCCAGUUUAGAGGAAGCAAAGUUAAUUCGCGAUCAAUUAAUUAAUAUUUUAAACAGGGGAUGUUUUGAAUUGCGCAAAUGGGCAUCCAACACUCCAUUACUUCUAGAUGAUUUACCAAUUGAAUAUCGUUACAACAAUAAUUCAUCGAUUUCUUUCGAUGAUGAAAACUCCUGCAUAAAGGUUUUAGGGUUGAGAUGGCAACCAUCCUUGGACGCUUUCAUAUAUACUAUAGAUUCAACUGUUGUGGGUUACACAAAAAGACAAAUUUUGAGCGAUAUAGCCAAAAUUUUCGAUCCUUUAGGAUUUCUCGCACCAUUGACAUGUUUCGCGAAAUUGAUUAUGCAACGUCUCUGGACUUUGGGUCUCAACUGGGAUGAUACGCCGCCUCGCGAAAUUUGUGAAAAGUGGUACCAGUUUAAAUCGUCUUUCGCGAUGUUGUCAGAUUUUAAGAUUUCUCGGCGUUUUCUUGUUGACAAUUGUGAUGAAUGCCAAAUUCAUGCCUUUUGCGACGCUUCUGAGAAGGCAUAUGCCGGGGUCAUAUAUUUUAGGGUUCAACAAAAUAGUAAAGUUAAUGUAUUUUUUGUAUGUGCAAAAACAAAGGUUGCUCCCUUGAAGAGUAUUUCAGUUCCCCGUCUGGAACUGUGCGCCGCGGUAUUGCUUUCUAAUUUACUGUCAGAAGUGUUGACAAUUUUUGAUAACAAAAUUAAAUUUUCUAAUGUAUAUGCCUACACCGAUAGUAUGAUUGUCGUUCAUUGGAUUAAAUCAUCUCCACAUAAGUGGAAAACGUUUGUCAGCAAUCGUGUAACUCAUAUUCAAGAUAAAAUACCCCCAGCUUCUUGGCAACAUAUUUCAAUAGACAACAAUCCGGCAGAUUGUGCCUCUCGUGGGUUUUUACCUGGUGAAAUUCUACAAAAUAAAUUAUGGUUUUCCGGCCCAGAAUGGCUUCAAUCGUCGAGCGAAUACUGGCCAGUCACUAGAAGUUCCAUUAAAAGGGUAGUAUCAGGAUGUAAACAGUGUUGGCGCUUAUCACCAAGGCCUUAUCAACCCCCUAUGGGUAAUCUUCCUGAUUUUCGCGUUUCUCAGUUGAAGGCGUUUUCAGUAGUUGGUCUCGACUACGCCGGUCCCUUUGCUAUAACACUUGGUAAAAUACGCGGUGCUAAGACUCAUAAAGCGUAUAUUUGUCUGUUUGUAUGUAUGGCUACUAAGUGCAUACAUUUGGAACUGGCUUCAGAUAUGACAUGCGAGAUUUUUAUUUCUGCCUUGAGGAGGUUCAUAGCUCGUAGAGGACGCUGCGAUUGUAUAAUAUCUGACUGCGGUACAAAUUUUACAAGCGCAAGUAGGGAAAUAGGCACUUUAAUGAAGCAAGCUGCUGAACGCGAAACAAUCAAGUUCAAAUUUAAUCCACCUGGUUCGCCACACUUCGCAGGUAUGGCCGAAGCAGGAGUGAAGUCUGUAAAAACACAUAUUCAUCGUGUUGUGGGUCAACAGAUUAUGACUUACGAGGAGUUUUACACUCUUCUGACGCAAAUUGAAGCGCUAUUAAAUUCUCGCCCCUUAUGUCCAAUGAGUAAUGAUCCCAAUGAUUUGUCAGUUUUGACACCGGGACAUUUUUUAACUUUGGAACCUCUGACGUCAUUGCCUGACCCUGAUUUAGCCCAUUUAAAUAUCAGUAAAUUGAACCGAUUCCAAUUUUUACAACGAUGUGUUCAAUCCUUUUGGAAAAGGUGGCAGUUAGAAUAUUUGCACACACUUCAACAAAGAAGUAAAUGGUUGAACGCCUCGCACCCAAUUGGGGUCGGUACAAUAGUUCUCAUAAAAAAUGACCAGACAUCGCCAAUGAAAUGGUUAGUAGGGCGAAUUCAAAAACUUUAUUAUGGAAAAGAUGAGGUUGCGAGAGUUGCUGAUGUACGAACGAAGAAUGGCGUUCUAAAGAGGGCUUUGGUAAAAUUGUGUCCUUUACCAAGUGCCGAGCUAAGUAAUGGUAUUUAG